UGAGCUGAGACAAGAGGAGAUCUUCAGCUUUACUGGAGUCAAACUAUCUGACAGAGAGAGGAAGAGGAGAAGAGGGGAACAACAGCAGAAAAACAAAGGCAGACACCCGAAAACAGAAAACGAGAGGAACCCAACAGAAGACAAAGGGGGUGUUGACCUCUUGACCCUGCAAACGUCAACUAGCAACUUUCAUCAUCAUGGACACAGACACCGGCCUCAAUCAGGAAAAUGGCUCCUCGCAGCAUCAAGACACAGAGUUGUUCUCGUCUGAAGAGGACAGCAGUCUUUACUUUACCUACAGUGGAGGGUGCAAUGAGCUGGAGGUCAACGACCUGCACUACGAGGUGGACACGGCGGCUCAGAUUCCCUGGUAUGAGAGGUUGUCAGAGUUCAAGUUGCCGUGGGAGAUAAAUGGAAACAAGCAGACAGCCAUCAACAAGCUCAGCCUCCGAGUCCGCAGCGGGCAGAUGUUGGCCAUCAUCGGCAGCUCAGGUUGUGGUAAAACAUCUUUGCUGGACAUAAUAACAUGUCGUGAUGAGGGUGGUAUAAUGACGUCCGGUCAGGUUCGGAUUAACGGGAAGCCCAACACGCCCCAGCUGGUGAAGAAGAACAUCGCUCAUGUCCGGCAGGACGACCGCCUUCUUCCUCACCUCACUGUCCGCGAAACUCUCGCCUUUGUUGCCAAACUGAGGCUCCCCACCCACUUCACUCAGGCUCAGAGAGACCAGAGGGUGGAUGAUGUCAUCGCAGAGCUGCGGCUGCGACAGUGUGCUCACACCAGGGUGGGGAACGACUAUGUGAGGGGGGUUUCUGGAGGGGAGAGGAGGAGAGUCAGUAUAGCUGUUCAGCUUCUCUGGAACCCCGGUAUCUUGAUCCUGGACGAGCCCACAUCAGGCUUGGACAGCUUCACAGCCCACAACCUGGUGAUCACACUGUCCCGCCUGGCCCGGGGAAACCGCCUGGUGCUGCUGUCGGUGCACCAGCCUCGCUCUGACAUCUUCCAGCUCUUCGACCUCGUCGUCCUGCUGUCGUCAGGUUCAGCCGUAUACUGCGGCGCUGCCCGAGACAUGGUGCCUUACUUCACUGCCCUGGGACACCCCUGCCCACGAUACUGCAACCCCUCUGACUUCUAUGUUGAUCUGAUCAGUAUAGACCGGCGCAGUCCGGAGCGAGAGGCCGAGUGUUUGGAGCGGUCCACAGUUCUGGCUGAGCAGUUCAUGGAAAAGGUCCGAGACACAAACGAUCACAUGUGGAAACCAGCUGGGACAGACACGGCACCAACACACACUAAGAGCAGCCCUCAGCAGCUGUGCAAAGUAAAAGGAGAGGAAGUUAUCACCAUCACAAAUCAAAGAAACAGACUGCCGGGCCGACUGCACCAAUUUACCAUCCUCAUCAGGCGUCACAUGUAUAACGACUACAGAGACCUGGUCACCUUACUGGUCCACGGCUUCGAGGCCCUGCUCAUGUCACUGCUGGUCGGUUGUCUCUACUACGGGGCAGGAGAGGAGCGUCUGUCCAUUCAGGACACGGUGGCCCUCCUCUACAUGAUCGGAGCUCUCACCCCCUUCGCUGUGGUGCUGGACGUCAUAGCUAAAUGUCACACGGAGAGAGCCAUGCUCUACCACGAGCUGGAGGACGGCAUGUACUCCGUCACCUCGUACUUCUUUGCAAAGGUCCUGGGGGAGUUACCGGAGCACUGCGUGUUCACCCUGGUGUACGGCCUUCCCAUCUAUUGGCUGGCCGGGCUUAACGAAGCACCGGACCGUUUCCUGCUCAACUUCCUGCUGGUGUGGCUGGUGGUGUACUGCAGCCGAGCCAUGGCUCUGUUCGUAGCGGCUGCGCUGCCCACCCUGCAGACCUCAUCCUUCAUGGGGAACUCCUUUUUCACUGUCUUCUAUCUGACCGGAGGUUUUGUCAUCAGCCUGGACAAUAUGUGGCUCGUGGCCUCGUGGUUCUCUCACGCCUCCUUCAUGCGUUGGGGUUUUGAGGGCAUGCUGCAGGUGCAGUUUAGCGACAACAUGUACCCCGUCACAUUCAGAAACUUCACCAUCAAUAUUGACGGCAUAUACGUGGUGGAGGCCAUGAACAUGAACCAGUACCCUCUGUACGCGUGCUAUCUGGUCCUGCUGGCGGUCUGUCUGGUCUUCAUGGCGCUCUAUUACGUGUCCCUUAAAUUCAUCAAACAGAAGUCCAGUCAGGACUGGUGAAAACAUCUGGAUGAUCCGGACACUGUCUGAAGUGCAGUUUUUACUUCAGGGAGAGGGUUCUGGUUCGGCUGGUUCGACACUGAGUCAUUGUACUCUCACCAUCAGGAUGUUUGGCUGUGAGAAAGCGGUUAGUUUAAGGGGGAAAGGUCAAAUAUAAGUAUAUGUUUUGAAAUGUACCUUUUCACAAUAACAACACCAGAAACUCCUGCACACAGUAGAAACACAUGAAAUAACCACCUGACACCUCAGGCGAGCACUUAAAGUCAUUAAUGUAUAAAACAAUUCCUAAAAAUGCAAGCAAUUCCGUCUUUUUUUUUGACUUGUAGAAAGUAUUUCUAUAUCCAACAGUUUAAAUAUGGGAAUAAUAAAGAAGCACUGGUUGCAGUACUGCUGUCUGCUGCUGGAUGGCAGCAGAGCAUUGCACUCAAAUCAAAGUUAAAAAUGAUGGAUUUUCUUUUUUUCCGCUCUCGGCAAAUGAUUAGAGCGCCACUUUGGCAGAUAUCCAUCUGCAGCUUUUGCUUGUUUCAUUUUCAAUUUCCUUUUUUUUUUCUACAGCUUUAUCUCUUUUUUGUAUAUGUAAGGUUAUUAAGCUUAACGUGUGUGUGCCAGUAUAGGGAGCACUGAAAAUAAAAGCCUAGAAGAGAUUUAGUAAGUCACACUCGAGCUUGUACUUGUGUCCUCAAAGAUUGAAGAUUAUGUAAACUGUGUGUUUUUGCACUGGUGCAAAAGCCUGAUAAAUAUUUGACUGACGUGG